AUGGCCGUGAGCUCUGACGGCUCCUUGGUGUUGGCGGGAGUCUGGGACGAAAAAUGGACCAGCUCCGCGUACGUCUUCGACGGGGCCACUGGCGCGCAGCUGCUGAAGCUGCAGGCGACCGACGGGGCCAAUCACGACGGUUUCGGCCGGUCGAUGGCCGUGAGCGCCGACGGGGCUUUGGUGGUGGCGGGAGCCUGGGGCGACGACGGCCCGGGCACCUGGACCGGCUCCGCGUACGUCUUCGACGGGGAUAUUGGCGCGCAGUUGCUGAAGUUGCGGGCGGCCGACGGGGUCGCUUUGGACAGCGUCGGCUGGUUGGUGGCCGUGAGCUCCAACGGGGCCGGCGUGGUGGUGGGAGCUUACUACGGUACGACGACGAUGCGGGCAAAGCUUCCAGCUCCGCGUACGUCUUCGACGGGGCCACUGGCGCACAGCUGCUGA